AAACAAAAAACAUCAGGAUAUGUUAUGGUGUCGAUGGACCUUUGCUGAUGGCAUAUUGAAAUGAUAUAAAAGAAGACGUCUAGGAAAGGGUAAUUAUUCUGUCUGUCUUAUCAAGAUUGCAUCAAAAAAUCGAUCAUGUUGCGAUGGAUUCUUGGUGGUCGUGAAGCACAGGGUGUAGUGGAGAAAAACUCCGUGCUGUUCAGUGGGGAGGAACAACCCAAAAACUGUUUCACGGAGCUGCAGGUCUUGAAAGGACACUUUGAUAUUGUUAGAUAUGUGGUGCAAAUUGAUGAUAUCAGAUUUGCAUCUGCCGGAGAUGAUGGUCUGGUGUUGGUGUGGAAUGUGGAGACAGGAGAGCGACUGCUAGAGCUGAGAGGACACACUCAGCAAAUCACUGCACUGGUGACAUACACUAUCACCCAAGAGGAAGUAACACACACAUUUCUUAUCACAGCCUCGUCUGACCGAUCAGUCAGUCUUUGGGAUCCAGACACUGGAAAUCGUGUUCAGACAGUAUCUGACCUACAGUCUUCAAUCAAGUGCCUCUUAGUGCUGGAGUGGCACAACAUGUGGCUUUCUGGAGGAAAUGACUUGUGUGUUUGGAAUAGAGGUUUCCAGCUGCUUAGCCAGACUGAACAACACAGCGACACAGGAGUCACUGCCAUGGUGGAGCUUCCCAGGAACUAUGUAGCAGCUGCAGUGGACAGGGAGAUAAUCAUUUAUGAACUCAAGGUUUCAUCCACGGGGUCAGAUGUGUCCAUCACAGCAUUCCGACACUUGGCCAACCAUCAGGACAGCAUCAGAGCCCUCAUCAAUGUUAGUGAUAAGUUAUUUGCUAGUGGCUCUCAUAUUGGUGAACUCAUCAUAUGGGAUUCUAUUGAAUGGACCAUUCAUGCUGAUGAAGAGAUUGUUUUAGAGGAAUUUCAUUAUGAUGGGCCAGAGAUCAGGCUGGGGUCUCAGAAACAGAGUGACAUGUCCAUCCAGCAUCUUGUGUCUGAUGGAGAGCUUGUUGUUGUAGCAGUGGGUAGCGGACUAUAUGUUUAUGAUAUCCAAAAAAAGUGUGUAGUGGCAUACAGAAAGGUGGCCCAUGAUUCUGACAUCUUGCACACUAAGCUGCUGUCUCCAAGUAAGCUAAUAUCAUGCUCUGAAGAUGGAAAUGUAAAGAUAUGGGAACUUCAAGACCUCCCACUCGCCGCAGAGCCUGCCUCAGCAGGCUUCUUUGGAAUGUGGUCCUUCGGGCGGUCCAACAAGCAAGGUCCAUCUCCGAAAAAGGCUCUGGAAGACCCAGGCCUCAAGACCCUGGAGUUCAUGGGUGAUUUAAUUGGCCAUUCUGGAGCUGUGCAGAUGUUUCUGAACUUUGGCCAGAAAGGCUUGGUGACAUGCUCCUCUGACCACCUGCUGAUCAUUUGGAGGGAUGGGGAGAUGCAGUCCCACUUGCGUAGUCUGGAGCUAUUCCAGAAACUUGAAGAUAAUCAGGGUCUGUAUUAAAUAGAACCUCACAGACCACAACCAGCUCUCAUAGUCUUUUAUGGACAUAUUUCAUAUUAUUUGAUUUAAUUUGUGUGUUGUAUAUGCACUGCCCUAAAUAUACAAUAAUAAUGUAGGAAAAUGUUAUAAUUGUGAUUUGUGCCUGAAGUUCAUUUGAAUAUUGUAAAUCAGUCUGAUCUUAUGGUAAAAUUUUAUCGUCUGUAUGCAUUUUAUUAACCGUUAAAUCUAAAACUCACUUGUGUUUAGAUGGAUUGCCUUGUCUUCUCUAUUGAAUAAAUGUUUAAAUGAAUGUAUUAAAUCUUAUAAGAGCAAAAAUAUAAAUGGUAGUAAAACAAUGAGACGCUACAAUAAAUUCAGUAUGAUUAUUCCCCUUUUUAAUCUA